GGCAGCAGCGGCCUGGCACCGCAUGCACCGCAUCCGCCCGGAGUACUGCGCGGUGGUUCGGGCCCAGGGUCGGCGAGUGAGCAGCACUCGUCAGUUCCGCAGCAGCAGCAGCAGCAUGCGGGGCCCCAGUCCGGGGUGCCGGUGCACCCCGACCCGCCCAGUAGCUACCACUCCGGGACGCAACCGGUGGCGGCUGUGGCACUUGCGGAUGCGCGGGUGCAGCUCAGCUGCGGCAGCUCCGGCAGUGGCUGUGGCGGUGGCGUUGGCGGCGGCGGGAGCAGCAGCAGUGUUGCUCGGCAGCAGGCGAGUGCGGCAUCAAGUGCGGCAGUGGCGUGCAGACAGCGGGUUCAGUCGCUGCCCGCGCACCUCCGUCCGGUGCCCGUGAGGGCCGCUUGUGCUCCCUCGCCCAGCAGCGCGGCAGCACAACCGGGGGCACAGCAGCAACAGCGACAAGAAUUACAGCCGCAGUUGCAACAGCAAGAUCACGGUCAGCAGCAGCAGCAGAACUCUCAGCAGCAACAACAGCCGCAGCGACAAGGAUUACAGCCGCAAAUGCAACAGCAACAACAGCACAAUCAGCAGCAACAGCAGCAACAGCACUUUCAGCAGCAACAGCAGCAGCAACGGCAAUUCCAACCCCAACAGCAAAAACGACAGCGGCAGCAGCAACAAGGACAGCAGCAACGAGGGCACGCGCAGCAACAACAGCAGCAACAGCUGCGCCGCCCUCUGUCUUCAUCCUCCGCUCAGCCACCCUCCUCGGCACCCCAGCCUGCUGCUGCUGGCGCCGCUGCACCGCUGAGUCGGCAGUGGCGGCUGGCGGGGCUUCGCAUGGCGGUGCGUCUGGACGAGUGGGCCGCGGAGGCGGCGGCGGCCUUGGGUGCAGACUGCCUGGGCCGCUGCGGCGCCGUUGCAGGGGCGGGGGCGGUGGGCGGUAGCUGCUGGCAGGCGUCCGUGUAUAGAGACAGCGAGGUGCUGGCGGUGUGCUGGGGGGCCAGCUCGGAGGAGGCCAUGCGGGCCGCGGGGCAGGAGAUGCUCAACCGGUCCGCCCAGCUGCAGGAGUGAGGUGCGGCGGUUGGAGGCGUGUGUUGUGUCGCCUUGUCAGCAGCCGAGACAGCAGCGGUGGGAGCUGUGAGAAAUGGCGCGCUGCGGGUGCAGAGAGGGGGACGAGAUGGGAGAAGGCCGGGCGCUGUAAGAAGAGCCUAGGGCGGACUAGAAAGCUGCUGCUGGAUGGCGGGUCAGAGAGCCGUGGGUGGGGGGACGCCGCAGCAAUGGGGAAUGCAAGCCGGCUGAGAACGCGGUUUGCACCCGUCGAUACCGCCGUCACUGCUGCUGCCCAUCCGCACGAGGAUUGGCGGUGUCGUCCACCCGUUGUGUGGAGUUUCGGAGGGCACUGCAGCGUUGGUUUCGUAGCCUGGCCAGACCCCAGGCGGCCAUGCAUGUUUUUGGUGUCGUGUGGUAGCUAGCGCGCAUGCUAGCGAGCGAGGCAGCACAGCAGGGUGGUGUUGUUACCGGGCGCACAUAGGGCCAUGCAUGGCAAGCAUGUUUUGGGACCGCAUGUCCCGGCUCCAUUUGAACACAAUGUCCUGGAUAUGGUUCCGGAUGAGCACAGUAUGUUGGAUUAUUUAGAACGCCUUCCUGGCAUGCGGCUGCCCGCAACCCGGGCCUACAUGGAGGUACCAAUGCAGCGAGGUAACGCCGUGCGCGCAUGCCGUACACGUAGGGCGUACGGGGGCUGGCUGUCAUCUGAGCCCCUUCUGUUGUGUAUACUGCGUGACUGGGAACACGAGCGGCUCGUAUCGAAUUAAGAGGCUUGCAUUGUUUUCGCAGUCAUGCGUAUGAGGGGUGCCUGUAUCGGAGGACUGACAUUCCAUACCGCAACGUUGGUGUCGGAUUCGAUAUUGCCAUUGCCAGGCGCCUAAAGGCUCGUGCUGUGCUAAUAACGUGUUCCCCCGUAUCUUUCUGCCACCUCAACACCGUUGCACACCUUUGCCUAAGCUCUGCCCCGUCCGCACACAUGUUUAGGCCCCCGCCCAC